AUGGAGGGAAGCUGGAGAGGUGUCCUGGCUGUGCUGGUCAUCCUGGCUGGGCUGACAGCUUCUGGAUCCAGUUAUGAGAUCAUAGAAGGUCCACAGAAUGUAACAGUCCUGCAGGGCUCAGACGCUCGCUUCAACUGCACCGUGACCCACGGCUGGAAGCUUAUCAUGUGGUCCCUCAAAGGCGUUGUGGUGCUGAGUAUCACGUCCCAGGAAACCAUCAUCACCAAUGAGCGUUUCACCUCCAUCAAUUACAACGGGAGUGACAGCUUCAUUUCCGAGAUGGUCAUCCGAGGCGUGCAGCCUGGCGACUCGGGACUUGUGCAGUGUAGCCUGCAGAACAGCAAUGUGGUUAGAUCUGCCUUCCUCUCCGUGCAAGUUAUGGGGACCCUGAACAUUCCUAGCGACAGCCUUCUGGUCACAGAGGGUGAACCCUGUAAGGUGACUUGCUAUGCCCUGGGCUGGACCCCACUCCCAGAUAUUUCCUGGGAGCUUGAGGUCCCGGUAAGCAAUUUCAGCUACUAUUCUGUUCUGGAACCGGGUGACUUUACGAGUGCCUUGAGUGUCCUGGCUCUCACACCGCUGGGCAAUGGGACCUUGACUUGUGUGGCAGAGCUGAAGAACCUGCAGGCUAGCAAGUCCUUAACUGUCAACCUGACUGUGGUUCAGCCGCCACCUGAGAGUACUGGCUCAUCGCUGCCAACCUGGGCCAUUGUCCUGCUGGCAGUGGCCUUUUCCUUGCUCUUGAUCCUGAUCAUCACUCUGAUUGUAAUAUUCUGCUGCUGCGAUGUCUGCAGGAGAGAAAAAGAAGAAUCUAGUUAUCAAAUUGAAAUAAGGAAAACUGCAAGCAUGAAGCCAAACAAAACAGAUCCCGAGGCAAGGUUAAAAAGUGGAAAGGAAAACUAUGGGUACAGUUCGGACGAAGUGAGGGCUGCAUCGAUUGCUUCUCUCCCUCCUAAAUCUGGUGAAGUCAGCCUUCCAGGACAACACAGCCAUAUCUCUCCUUAUCAGGAACACAAAACACGCCAGUCCAGUGCAGCAAGUCAUCCUCGGGUUUCCUUUGACACCACCAGUCCUCAGAAGGUCAGGAAUGCAACGUUAGUGUAG